AUGGCCUCACCUAAAUCUCGAUCGCACGCUAGUGCUGAUCAUAUUGAAGAGUCCAAUACUACUGCCAAUCUGUUUUUAGGCGGCGUGCGGAGGAACUGGAUGGGUCCGCAGACUAACGCCCCAGAGAACUCGGCUACGCGAAAUCCUCGCGUUGAGGUCGACCUUACAGUCCCUCCCAAAUCCCUCCCCCAGGCUGUCUUAAUGUCCCCCAUCACGCCCGGUGAGACCCUUAAUCAACCUCCCUCACGUGGUCCUAUUCAUGCAAAAACCCCCGACACGCGAGCUACGGCUCUUCCCUCACCCGUUCUCAGUACAAAUUCUCAUCCAAGUCCCGUGAACGCGGAUGUGAUCGUCUCAAGCAGACCUCCCACACUGCCACCAAUCUCUACACAACUCACGGCACAGCGUGGCGAUGAUGAGCGCAUGGCGGUCCAACCUCCUAGCGGGCUCGCCACGUCAAGCGCGACCCAGUCCCCUCUAAUGGGACCCAACCGGUCCACAGACUCGCCCUCGAACACAGGCACACGCACAGGCCAUAACACACAAGGAAGCAUAGUCUCGGGGCCGCAACCUAGCCUGCUGCAGAUUGGGGGAACUGGGGCUGCGGCCAUUCCCGAUGAGGUAUGGGAACAAUGGUCUGGUCAAUUGGAUGUCUUGGUAAACGAGUUGUCUGCGACGGGAGCAAUCCCUGCUCGCUCAAGAGACACGACUAUUACUCGGCCUCGAAUCCAGUUAUUGUGCAAUGCCAUUAGUCGUAAGGACGCUUUCUACUUGGUGACACAUCAGUUGUACUGCCGAUAUAGCAUUGAUCCAAGUACAUUGGGUCAGAUUAGAGCCCCUGAGUCAGGCAUGCGAUCACUCAUCCCUCUUCUGGAAGACAAUGGAAAGAUGCAUGAUGCCGCCGUCGUUGGGUUUGCCCAUUUCCCAGCGUCUCCACAACAGUUGAUGCGGAGCAGGUGGUACCUCCAAGUGUUGUCCGGUGUUCCUGAGUUUUUAGCACGGCUUGCAAAUGAAUGGCAGGGCAUCUUAAGUCACUCUCUUCAGGUUCAUCAUCCCCCGUUGGUGUCUCGUCUUUGGCAAGCACUCGCUUGUCCAUCCCCGAUUUUGAUGUCGGUGAUGUUUACGUGUGCUGCACGGCGCCUUUAUCAUGAUAAUGACAUCGAAUCCCUGCUGGAGUUGUUUUGGAAAGAUUUUGAAGAUUUCCAGCGGUAUAAGGAAUCUAAAGCUCCAGAGACGACUCAGCAGGCUCUCAACUGGCAAAUCACCCAAGAGUAUCUCAACUUCCCACGUUCAUCCGAAUCACAAACACCAUCUUCCUCCCACCCUGUACGACCUCCCAGACCUCAGAAUCAAACCAUGUCUCAAGCCCCACUACCGCCAUCCCGUCCCAGAUCUUCGCUUGCUGGUGUGAGUCAACCUGCCGCAAAUUCGCCUGCUCUAACCCCACUUGGUGCACCUCUGCAGCCUCUCCCCUCAAAUUUGCCCCAGGGCCAGGUUGUUGGCCCACCUGGGUAUCAAUUUGGCGUAAACUCACCAAUGCAGAAUACCCCGCAAAGUCCUUAUUACAACCCCAUGUCACAGGGGCAAGGACAGCGGCAGGAACAGGACCGUGGUAUCCGGUGA